AUGUCGUUACCCCGACUGUCCUAUCUGAAUUUUGAUUGGAUUACUAAUCUUCUUGGAUGGAUUGAACCUACUUCGUCUAGCAUAAAGGCAUUUUCAGUUAAUUCUGGAACAACGUCAACAAUAUACAUCGGACUUGAACAACCAACUUCAUUAACAGUUAACUCUCAUAAUGGAGACCUUUAUUGGAUUUCGGGAAUAUUAGGAAAGUCCAUAAUGAAUGGAAACUGGAAUAGAAAUUUUCCUCGUACAGUUGUGUCGACUGCAAACCUGAAUGACCCCAAAUCUCUCCUUUAUGAUGUCACAAGCAACCGGUUGUAUUGGGUUGAUGAUUCAAUGAUCAAAAGUUCAUCGACAAAUGGAUCCGAUAUUAAAAGCCACGUCAUCACGUUUGGUGUAACACAGGCAUUUGCAUAUAAGGGUUAUUUAGGCUGGAUAAUGGGGAACAAAAUGUACUUCUCUAGAAAGUCUUCAAAGACUGCAGAGAGAUAUGUAGACAUCGGAGAAAAUAUCAAAGGGGUGGCCAUCUUCGAUUCGUCUCUGCAAGAGGAUAAAAGAGGCAGCUGUCAUUUACUUAAUGGUGGUUGUCAAGAUAUUUGCUUGCCGUUACAAACUGGUCGUGAGUGUGAGUGUGAUUUAGGUCUUAAGCUUCAGCCUGAUUUGAAAACAUGUGAUAGCAAAGUUUACACGUCGAAUUUCAUCGUGGUGUCUGAUUAUUCCCAUGGGAGGAUGCUUCAGAUUAACAUAGACAAAGGUGGUCUCGUAAAGCUGCCUAUAAGUACAGGGAAUUCUGCAGGAAUAACAUUCGAUAAAACUACAAAGGAACUCCUGUAUUGUGAUCGCUCCACGAAGAAUAUAAUGUCUUCUUCACUCCAUGGAGGGAACACCACUCUGGUCUAUGCAACUGGUAAAUCUGAUUUAAUGAUAGGAACUGAUUUAUUGCGAACAUAUUCGUAA